GAUAGCAGCUUGUUGGUGAACUUCCAUCUCUAGAGCAGCGGCCGCAGAGUUGUGAAAAAGGAGAGAUUCGGUAAUUUACGCGUUGAAUCAGCACGCGCUGUGAACCCAACAAUUGCAGAACAACUCACCCGAGACCCUUUUAGUGAUCCUUGCGGACACAUAGGUCCGGAAACAGGAAAAAGGACAUCCACACUCGCAUUUACCACUCCGUGUGGCGUUUGCGCCCAUUCGUGCGUGUGUGUGUGUGUGAGUGACCGUCGUUUUUGUGCCUGUGUGUGUGAAUUGUCGGCUUUUAUUUUGCAAGCACGCUAAAGUUGAGGUGUAAAGGAUACAAGGGCUUCACAAUUAGCUAAGAUGUCGUACCCGCCGCGGGCGCCUAUGCCGCCGUACAUGAAUGCAUCUAUACCGCCACCUCAUAUGAUGCAGAACAUGGGCAAUCCGCCUAGGAACUUUCGCAACUCAGCGACCAUCAGCUCACAGCCAACAGUUUACCAUCGGCCGCCGGAGCCGCAGCCGCAGUUCCGCGGACCAAUCAUCACCGUCUUUGUGGGAAACAUCAGCGAACGCGUUCCGGAGGCACUGCUCAAACGUAUCCUGGCUACCUGCGGCAUGGUCAUUAACUGGAAGCGCGUAUCCACUUUUGGCUUUUGCGAAUUCGACGGUCCAAUUGCAGCCAUGCGAGCUGUGCGCCUACUCAGCGAGAUGGAGAUCGACGGCAAGAAGCUAGUGGCCAAGGUGGAUGCCAAGAACAAGGUGCUCAUCGAGGACUACAAGGAACAGGAGUGCAAAAACGGCGACCGCUCAAAUUCGGUGGACGAGAAGACAGAAGACGAGUACGCCAUUAGUCAGAUGCACGAUCUCCUAGAGGAGCACAAGCACGAGUUCGAGGGUUUCGAUGGGAGCAGCCGCGCCGACCUGUACGGUAGCACUAGCCGCAACAAAAAGACGCGCCGCGAGGACGACAUCAAAAUCAAGGUGCUAAGCGAAAACGCAUUGGAGGAGGAGAAGCGCAACCUGAUCAGCAGUGAGAUUGGCAAGUUCCGUAUGCGGGCAGAGGCCGACGAGCAUCGCAAGGAGCUCGAGAAGGAGAAGGAAAAGGAGAAGCUGGCGGCCAGCAAAGAAAAGGAGCGCGACAAGGAGCGCAAGAAGCACCAGCGUGAAAAAGAGCGCAAGUCUUCGACCAGCAAAUCCAGCGGCUCCUCGGCAGCAGCCACAGGCUCCACCGCCGCCGCCAACACAGCCACAGCUUCCUCUUCGGCCUCCGGCGGCGAUGACACUGACGCAGCGGACAAGGCUGAGAAGGAGGCAGCUCCAACCAUCGCCAAGGAAUCCACUGCCGCCAAGGAGCCAAAGGAAUCGUCCUCCUCUACCGGACGCAGUGCCAGCAGUCGCAAAGAACCGGCCGCUAAUGAUAAUACACACAAGGAGCGGCGCUCCGACUCCAAGGAAACAAGACGCCGGCGCUCAAAGUCCCGCUCGAAGGAUCGGGAGCGGGAACGCGAGCGUGAGUUGCGCGAGCUUCGCGACAAGGAGCGCGAACGGGAACGCGAGAGGGAGCGCGAACGUGAACGGGAACGGGAGCGCGAGCGCAACGAAAUGCGCGAGCGGGAACGGGAACGUAACGAGAUGCGGGAGCGCGAACGGGAACGCGAACGGGAGCGGGAACGGGAGCGAGAUCGAGAACGUGAACGGGAGCGCGAAGAAAAGAUGCUGAAGCCAGUCCGCGAUUCGCGACGCGAGAAGGAAAUGGAGGACGAGCUGCGGGAGCGCAAGAAGGCCGAGAAGAAGGCACGCGAGAAGGAGGCUGCCUACCAAGAACGCCUGUCAAACUGGGAGAUUCGUGAGAAGCGCAAAGCCAAGGAGAACGAGAAGUACCGCCUCAAGGAGCUUCUGCGGCAGGAGGAGCGCGAAAGCGACGCCAAGCGCCUCAAGGAGUUCGUAGAGGAUUACGAUGAUGAGCGCGACGACUCGCUGUAUUAUCGCGGACGCGAACUGCAGCAGCGGCUGGCGGAACGCGUCCGCGAGGCGGAUGCUGAUUCCAAGGACCGCGAAAAGGAGGCCGAUGAGCUGGCUGAGCUCAAGACCAAGUUCUUCAGCGGGGAGUACGAGAACCCGUCGCUGGAGUUCGAGAAGGCGCGCCGCGAAAUCGAGAAGCUCUACGAGCCGCGCAUCCUAAUCAACGUAAACCUGGAGGCUGCGGCAGCGGCGACAGCGCCGGUGCACCAGCGCAAGCAGGCCGCCUCGGCGACCGGCGAAGGUGGAGAGGGCCAAAAGCAGCGGCAAAAGGGUCAGCCGCUGGACAGCUUUGACCCAGACAUGGCCGGCAUGAAUGAAGACUCCAUAUCGAACGAUGAUCAUGGCUCAAUGGCCGACACGGCGUCGAAUGGUAGUGGCUACGCCAAGAACAACAACAACGACAAGUCUCUGUCGGACAGCCUGAGCAGGCAGAACAGUGAGUCGCGUGACUCGCUGGCCAACAUUCACACGCCCACGCAGAGCGCCAUGCUAAAUGACCCGGGAUCGGGACACGAUGCCCUGCUGCCCUCGGCCACGCCACCCAUGUCCAUCCCGCUUAUCUCACUGACGCUGGGCAACAACCUGAAGAAGAAGAAGAUCGAAGCCACGGGAGUAUUUGUCAACGACGACGACAACGAUGACAAUAUCAAUCCCAAAAAGCGAAAGCUGGUGCCGCUAGACUACGACGACAACAUGAGCAACAGCACACCAUCCGCCCAUCCAAGCAGCUCCGCCGGCGGUGCGGCAAACAGCACCAGCGGCAACAACAACAGUAACAGCAGCUCUGCGGAUCGUCAGAGCUCCGCCGUGUCGGCGGCCACCGCUGCAGCCGCUGCCGUUAGCCAAAAGAUUGCCCAGGCGGGCGGCUCCUCGGGAUCGGGUUCGGGAUCCGGUGUGGGUUCGGCCACAUCCGGAGGCAAGAACAACGGCAGCGGCAGCAACAGCAGCAGCGGCGGCAACAGCAACAAACAGAACAGCAGUGGCAAACAUGGUAAGAAUGAGGCAGCUGCAUCUGCGAGCAGUAGCGCAGAUGCUGCCGCUACAAACACCAAAAAGGAUGAGAAUGGUGCAAAGGUGUAUGAUGAAAAACGGCGGCAUAUAAAAAGCAUUAUUGACAGGAUUCCCACGCAAAAGGAGGAGCUAUUUAAUUAUAAGCUUGACCGCAACGAGAUUGACAGCGGUCUAAUGGAACGCAAAAUACGUCCAUGGAUCAAUAAGAAAAUCAUCGAGUACAUCGGUGAGCCGGAACCGACGCUUGUGGAUUUUAUAUGUUCCAAAGUGUUGGCCGGCAGCCCGCCCCAGAGCAUCCUAGACGAUGUGCAAAUGGUACUCGACGAGGAGGCGGAGGUGUUUGUGGUGAAGAUGUGGCGACUGCUCAUCUACGAACUGGACGCCAAGAAGAGCGGCAUUGCGGGGAAGUAGAAGGAUGCUCCGCUUCUGGGGAACUGGUUUAAUGGGCGGGAGCGCGUGCGGAUCUGGGGGUCGGGCGAGGAGCAACUGCGCGAAUAGACUCUAAGCUACUCUUACGGAAUCUAAGCGACUACAACUUUGUACAUACAGGGCGUGCUCCGGAAAUUGUUGCGGCCAAAUUUCGAGCUUUGUUUUCUAAGCUUUUACUUCGUGAAGCAAAUAAAAAAAAAAACAAUAAUAGAUAAAAAGCAGCAGCAGCAUCAAUGAUUUCUUAAUCCACCUUGUUAGCGUUAAUUGCUAAAAUGUAUCAUCGAUUAAUGUAAAUACACACUAAGAUCACUUAUAAAACCAACCAGCAGAAACAACACAAGAAGAGAGAAUGCCGAACAUAAAAAAAAUAAUGUCUCUUAUCCAUUUUCCCCUUUUUUUUUGUUGAGACAUCGCAUUAGCUCCUUUUUCGGAACGAGAGUAAAAAGAAAACGGUCUUCAUUUAAAUAAACAAUGAAAAUAAAAUUGGAAAA